GUCUUGUCCGGCACAUCCAUGCCCGCGCGGAGGCUACAUAUAUAUACCUACGACGGCAUACUGUACCGACCUGCCACUGCGUCCCAUCAUACCCAUGGGCUAAAAAUAUAUUGGGUUGGACGUACUACCAACAUGGCGGCCCUUGGUCAGACGUUGUCCGUCCCAGAGAAUGGGGGCCCUUCUUUCGACAAGGGCACGCAACGCGCCGCUGAAUGGCCGAGUCCCGGACUCGCACGAGGACAGGCCACUAGGCGAUGAUUCCAGUCGAUGGCUCACCCGACAGAUAGCCUCGUGGUAGCGCUGCUGGCCGGGGAGGGGAUUCUCUCAAGCCUCUGCUCUGACAGAUGCGAGCUCAGUGGAGAAUGAGAAUUUUUUUUUUCUGGCAGCGCGGGUUGAGAUGAGAUUGCGUCAACCACGAUGUCGGGUUUGUCCGUCGCCCACUCGCGCCGCUGUCUCUAUCGGUCUUCGAGGCUGCCAUCCAACCUACCAACACACACACUUGCACACACACAGAUGGAGAGAGAGAGAAGGAGGGGGGGGGGGCCGGAGCGAAUGGCGCUGCGCGAACAACCCACGGGUAGCCGCUGGCACAUCGACGCGGCUCCGCAGUCGUGGCCCAGGCAGGCCGCGAUGGCUCCCGCUAGCGAGGCGUCUCCGGGCAUUGGCGCGGUCGGGUAGCUCAGCCGAAUCAUGCACGUGCUUGCCCGCGACACGAUGGACGGGCGGGUACGGCUGCUGCGGUGGCUGUUCUCUUGGUCUGGCCUUGCCUGUCUCGACGGGGGGUGGUGUGGUGUGGUGUGGUGUGUGCGUGCCUGGCCUGGCAUCUUUGUCCGGGUGCUCUCGGCGGACCAACAGUGUGUGUCAAGGUAAAGUUUUGGACGUUGGAGGUCGGACUUUGUGUGUGUGUGUUACGUGAAUCCCCUUCUGUUUUUAUCUCUAUUUGGGUGUGUUCAACACGCAAGCAAGAGCUGACGCAAGUCCCUGAAGCUCAUGCGUCCAACCAGCCAAAACGACACGGCUGAAAAAAAGACUGGCUCAGGGAGGCAGAGGCGACAGCACCACCCACGGGAAGCAGCGCCCGAGACAGACGCGCUACUUACUACGUUAGUGGUCGAGAUGUAAGCAUGGCGGACAAGCUUAAGGGCCUAAAAUGCAGUCUCGCCGGGGCUCCACCGUUCGGUCGACCUCUCUGGCUAGAAGUUCCGCAAGCUCACGCGAGCCAUUCACCCCAUCGACGCCUUCGAGACCCCCGGACGGCCCAAAAGGACCCCUGGCCCUGGCCGCCGCAUACUUCGUACAUACAUACGAAUAGUCCCCCCAAGGUCCAACGCCGCGAAGGCACCCACGUGGGCUCCUUCUCGAGUGUCAUAGGAGAGACGCGCCCGUGCCUCGAACCCCCCCGUCGUCCCAGCUCUGCCACGAUGCCUCCUCGUCUGCGCACACGACCACGAGGGAUGCCGCUGCAGCAGCUGCAUGCAUUGAUUGUCCGCAGCCUUCGGUGAACCGACGCAGCCAUGGAUGUGUGGGACAGACGGAUAGACAGACAGCCAGGAAGGAGCCUUGUUCCCGCCGCCGUCUCUGCUGCCCGGCAUGGAUCUUGGACGGCCGUCGUCCGUAUAAAGCCAGCCGUCCUCCCUGCCCGCUCCCUGCCUCUUGGUUUUCUGCGAUGCGAGUGAGAAUACGUAGCCAAUCCUCGAAUCCAAGGAGCCAGACCUUGCUCGCCCGACCUCGAGGUCCUCUCCCCCUUUCCUUGUCGCCCUUGUCUUUCACCCGGUUGCUGAGCGCCCAAGGGCCUCCUGCACAUCGCUCGCCAUGGCGCUCGAGGAGUACACCUACGUCUUUGUCAUCGGCACCUUGUUUGCCAUGCUUGACGCCUACAACAAUGGCGCAAACGACGUUGCCAACUCGUGGGCUACCAGUGUCUCAUCCAGGUCCAUCUCGUACAGGCAGGCCAUGAUCUUCGGCACCAUCUUCGAGAUGCUGGGAGCCAUCACUGUGGGCGCCCGCACCGCCGACACCAUCAAGAACGGCAUCAUCCCCAACUCGGCUUUCAAGGGCGACGCCGGCGUCCAGAUGCUCGCCUUUACCUGCGCUCUCGCCGCUGCCUCCUCCUGGGUCAUGUGGUGCACCCGCCACUCGGCCCACGUCUCGUCUACCUACUCGCUCAUCUCUGCCGUCGCUGGCGUCGGUGUCGCAACUGUCGGUGCCUCCAAAGUACAGUGGGGCUGGAACGACGGAAAGGGGCUCGGUGCCAUCUUUGCUGGCCUGGGCAUGGCUCCCAUCAUCUCGGCCGGCUUCGCCGCCACCAUCUUCAUGCUCAUCAAGCUCAUCGUGCAUAUGCGCAAGCGUCCCGUCGAAUGGGCCGUUUGGACCUCCCCCUUCUUCUUCCUCAUCGCCGGCACCAUCUGCACCCUUUCCAUCGUGUACAAGGGAUCUCCUAACCUCGGCCUCAACAAGAAGCCCGCAUGGUACGUCGCUGCCGUGACCAUGGGCACCGGUAGUGGUGUUGCGCUUCUUGCCGCCAUCUUCUUCGUUCCAUUCGUGCACGCCAAGGUCAUCAAGAAGGACUAUACAGUCAAGUGGUGGAUGUUCGUCCUCGGCCCUCUGCUGUUCAAGCGCCCAGCCCCUGCCGAUGCCGACCGCGCCAAGGUGCCCAACUACGCCGUUGUCCAGGACGAGCACGACGAUCAGACGCUGGCUGGCUCGCCCAAGUCUGUCGGCGAGGAUGGUACCCAAAAGGCUGUGCCCACCGAGGCCCCUCUAACGGAGCCUGCUCAGGACAACGAGAAGCUGGCCGCCAAGGCCGAGGCCACGCAGGCUACCUACAAGGAGCUCGUUGCGCAGGGUGAAAGCCGCUUCCACGCGCGUCUGAUGGAGAAGCGCGGACCACUGGGCUGGGCCAUGCGCACCCUCCGCGACAACCCCAUGGGUGCCGGUCAGAUGUACGAGCUGCACAACAUCAAGAUCCUCGCCAAGCGCGUUCCUGCCAUGGUUGUCGUGGGCGCGCUCUAUGGCCUGCACUACGAUAUCCACGCGGCUCAGACAGGUAUCGCCGGCACCCCCGAAGGCGACCGCAUGCAGCGCGUGUACGCGCACGCCGAGAAGUAUUCCAAUGAGGUGGAGCAUACCUACUCGUUCGUCCAGGUCCUCACGGCCUGCACCGCCUCAUUCGCGCACGGCGCCAACGACAUUGGUAACUCGGUCGGACCGUGGGCUGUCAUCUACUCGGCCUGGUCUACUGGCAACGCCGCCGCCGCAAAGGCCCCUGUGCCUGUGUGGCAGCUUGCCGUUCUCUCGGCCACCAUCUCGCUCGGUCUCAUCACCUACGGCUAUAAUAUCAUGAAGGUCAUGGGCAACAAAAUCACGUAUCACUCUCCGAGCCGAGGGAGCUCCAUGGAGAUGGGUGCCGCCAUCACGGUCUUAGUCUUCUCACAGUUCUCCCUUCCCGUGUCGACAUCGAUGUGCAUCACGGGCGCGACAGUCGGCGUAGGUCUUUGCAACGGCACACUCAAGGCGGUCAACUUUCAGCGUGUCGGCCUGCUGCUUCUAUCAUGGAUCAUGACCAUCCCCAUUGCCGGCACCAUCGGCGGUGUGCUCAUGGGACUGUUCCUCAAUGCCCCCCAUUUCAAAUAGCCGGGCGAGGAGGCCUCAUGUCGUUUGUUUUCACUGCCUUUUGGUUUUCUGUACUGUGAUUCUACAUCGCGGUCGGCCUGCAACACACACAGGCUUCGUAUAUCCUGCAAUAGAUUGAACAAAUUCUCCCCAACCGUUUGGUAGAGAAGGGCGUUAGUGCAAUGUCGCUGACUGAGUCUGGCAGCGUUUCGGCGCAUGUGACUUCCCACCUACCUAGACGCCAUAUGCUGGGGACUUGAUGUCGGGUUGGCGAUGCCCAGGCGGGCUCGUUCUGCCCUGGGCGUUGUCGCACCUUUGCUACCUGCCUAGGCGACUGAGCACGCCAGCUCAUGAUGAGGUGUGGUGCUAAGCUUCGGGUUCUUCAUGAUGAUAUAGAAAAAGCUUGAAGAAAACUACAUAGUUAUACUAUUAUGACUUUGAUACAUAUAUACAACAAGAAAAUAUUUGAAUAGCUCGGCUUGGCUUUAGGAUAGAGUAUUUAAAAUUGUAUGAUCG